GCUGGGACGAAAGGGACAUGCGCGGGCGCGCUCUCUUCCUGCUCAGCUGCUGCUUCUCUUCGCUCGGUCUGUGUUGGUAGCGGCUUCUGCUUCCACACGUGUAGUCCUUCCUAUGUGAAUUUCUUUCUUCGGGACCCGUUUAUAAGCUCAUCCUGCUUCAUCACAAUAGGUGUAAAGCCAUAAAAAAAACGACAACCAUGGGAGCUUAUCUGUCGCAGCCGAACACAACCAAGACCUCCUCCGAUGGCGGCAAUAGCAACGUGAGCUACGGCUUCUCUGCCAUGCAGGGCUGGCGUGUUUCCAUGGAGGAUGCCCACAAUUGUAUCCCAGAGUUUGACGAGGAGACCGCCAUGUUUGCUGUGUAUGAUGGACAUGGAGGCGAAGAGGUGGCUCUGUACUGUUCAAAGUACCUUCCUGACAUCAUCAAGGAGCAGAAGACCUACAAAGACGGCAAACUGCAAAAGGCACUAGAGGAUGCCUUCUUGGCCAUCGACAGCAGAAUGACCAACGAAGAAGUCAUCAAGGAACUAGUCCAGAUCGCUGGACGACCCACUGAGGAGCCUCCUGCUGAAAAGGUGGCAGAGGAGGAUGAUUUGGACACAGAAGAGGCAGCUUUGCUCCAUGAGGAGGCUACAAUGACCAUAGAGGAGCUGCUGGUACGCUACGGCCAGAACCGCAACGCUGUCAAACAUGCUGCUGCCCUCAGUGCUGCUGCUAAGAAGGCGUCCUGCCCGCACCCUGAGUCCUCGGGAGACAAAGGGGAGAGUGGGGAAGGACAGAAGAAAGAGGGACUGAACGGAGAGGUGGAGGAGGAGAGCAAUGGGAAGAUGAAGGAAGGUGAAGGAGCGGCAUGCGGGUCUAAGCUGCGAGCCUGUCGGAGAUCAGGAGGAGGUGAAGGCAGUGGUGCAGUGGCUGACUGUGGAGGGUCAGGAAGCUCCAAUGGGGAAGAGAAGGCAGGUAAGGCAGAAGGAGAUGCAGGUCCUUCCUGUUCUUCCUUGUCCUCCAAGGCUGCAGGAGAUUCAAAGUCCAGGUUCUUUGAUGACAGCGAGGAGUCUGAGGAGGGGGAGGAGGAGGAGGGCAGCGAUGAAGAGGAUGGCAGUGAAGAGGAAGAAGGUGACAGCAGUGAGAUGGAAGAAGAGGAGGAUACAGAGGAGGGAGAGGAAGACUCUGAGGAUGAAGACGAGGAGGAAAUGUGUCUGCCUGGAAUGGAUGGCAAGGAGGAGCCUGGCUCAGACAGCGGCACCACAGCUGUCGUGGCUCUGAUCCGAGGGAAGCAGCUGAUCGUGGCCAAUGCUGGAGACUCUCGCUGUGUGGUGUCUGAACGUGGCAAAGCUGUCGAUAUGUCAUAUGAUCACAAGCCAGAGGACGAGGUGGAACUAGCUCGCAUCAAAAAUGCUGGAGGGAAGGUGACCAUGGAUGGACGGGUCAACGGUGGACUGAACCUCUCCAGAGCUAUUGGUGACCACUUCUAUAAGAGGAACAAGGCUCUGCCCCCAGAGGAACAAAUGAUUUCUGCAAUGCCUGACGUCAAAGUUCUGACACUUAAUGAGGACCAUGAAUUCAUGGUCAUUGCCUGCGAUGGCAUCUGGAAUGUGUUAAGCAGUCAGGAGGUGGUGGACUUCAUCAGUGAGAGGAACAAACCAGACCAGAGUGGCAAAGUCAGACCUCUCUCAUCUAUAGUGGAGGAGCUGGUGGACCACUGUUUGGCCCCCGACACAUCUGGAGACGGGACAGGAUGCGACAACAUGACCUGCAUCCUCAUCACCUUCCGGCCACACCCGUCCCCCGCUCACUCAGACGACACAAAGAAGAGGAAGCACCAGGAGGAGGAGGAGGCUAAGGAGGAGGGGGCAGAAGGGACAGAGCUGGAGGAGAAUGGAAACGACAGCAAAAAGGCUAAAAGUGACUAAAGGAAAAGAGAAACUGUCCCAGGGGGAGCAGCUGGUCCCAGACUACCCCAGAUACACCAGAGACACAUUCUGUUCAAAAUUAAAUCCUUACCUCACAGAUAUCAAUUCACCCUAAGACAGAAAUUAUGCUCAUAUGCUCAAAGAUCAGCUGAACUAAGAUCAUCAGUAUAGUUUUUGUCUUGUGUUUCAGUUGAAUUCUCACUCACAGCCCCCCUCCCCCUCUCCAGUUGAUUCUUUUGUUUAGCCUUGUUGGAAAGAAGCUGGACACACUUUAACUUCUUAAAUUCAGAAGAGGCAGACUCGCCACUCAGCGGGCAUGCUGAAUAGCACAUCACUUUCCAUUUAUUUGUAACUUUCUAACUUGGCAUCGCGUAAAGGUAACAUUAGGAAAAACUGAUUGAAUGAGAAGAUAUUCCUGUCCUUUGUAGCCCAAAUUGAAGCAUCGGGAUGCCAUGAGACUGCGAAUGCUAGUCUAGUGUUGCACUGAAUGUGUUGGUUCCCCGUUUUCAGGCUCCUCUCCGAUGUUGAUAUCUCACCCUGAGUUUGUUCAGAGGCAGUUUGUGUGAGCCAGUGUUUGACUCCAUUUCUCACAGAGAGGAACUGAAGGAUGUCGGGGUGCUAGUCCAGUUGCUAUACUUUGCCAUUUAUAUUUUUUCCCAUUAGCACCCAUUGAGACGUAAGGAUUUUUUCUUUUCCUUCUUUCUUUUCAGUCUUGCUGGUCACAUGACACCCCAAUACAUCACCAUUAUCCUGCCUUUCUUUUUGAUUCCUGCUUUGUGUCUUGUCUUGAUCAAAAUCUGUAAAUUUCCAGACAGCGAAAAGAUGCCAGGGUUUUGGGAAUGAGUGUACCUUUCAUCUGUUAGAGAUGAUGGCAGGGAAAUGGAGGCAAGCCCAACGUGUCUCUGCGUGUCCAACCAGAGAAACGUGUUGAUUGAAGCCCUGGACUGGCCCUUCACUCACAGCUCGUCUCCAGGACUCUACCUUCCUUCAUGCCAUUUACUCUCUCUGUCUGUCCCCCCGUUUCCACUGUAAAACCUUUUUAAGAUUAUCUCUUGAACAUGAAUUUUAUUUAAGUAUUUCCACUCAAAAGUUGAUAUUUUUCAUUUUUGAUGAAUCAGUCCUCUGGCAGUUUUUUUAAUAAUGAAAAAAAUCCUUUUUGUGAGCACACUCUGAAAACGCCCUGAAAACGCUGGACUGUGGAGAGGAUGCACAAGGUUAUUUUUUUGAGUGGAAAUACAAUUUGAAGUUCAGAGCACGAAGACAGUGUAACUGUUUAGAAGUUUUUUUUUCUUUAUUUGCAGAAGCCUCAUUUAAAAACCAUGUUGUGUGACUGUAAGUUUGUUUCUAGUGUACUAUCUUGUCACCAUGCCCUUUUUUCUGUACAUAGUUUUUUCAAUACUUGUAAUUGAAGAAAAAGAAAAUGCUUUUUCUUUGUAAUUGUGAGUCAAUGUGACAUUUUUGGUGCAUACUCUUUUGACACCAGUAUGUAAGUACAUACAAAUACAUUUUUUUAAAUAAUGAGACAA